GCAGGAGUUGGAGGAUCUUGCGCUCUGCUCAGGUACAUCAGUGCAUCACACUCGCACAGCCAGAUUAUUUAUAGCCCAGAGCGAAGCUGCAGCACAGAAAUCAGGCUUGGGACUAAGCCGCAGGCAGACAGGGCUUUAGCUCACACGAAGACACAAAAUGAAACAAUCUUUUUGGGUUUUGUUGUUCGGGUCCGCGCUGAUCGUCCUCGCCAGCGCAGCCGGUUCCGACGCCGGGAUCUCCUUCGAGUACCACCGCUAUGAGGAGCUGCGGAAAGCGCUGCUGUCCGUGUGGCUGCAGUGUCCCACCAUCACCCGCAUCUACACCAUCGGAGAGAGCUUCGAGAGGCGAGAGCUGCUGGUGCUGGAGAUGUCCGACAAUCCCGGGACGCACGAGCCUGGUGAACCUGAGUUUAAAUACAUCGCCAACAUGCACGGCAACGAGGCGGUAGGCAGAGAGCUGCUCAUCAACCUUGCCCAGUACCUCUGCAACCAGUAUCAGCAAGAGAAUGAGACCAUCAUCGAUCUCAUCCACAACACCCGCAUCCACAUCAUGCCCUCCAUGAACCCCGAUGGCUUUGAGAAGGCAGCCUCACAGCCCGGAGAAAUCAAGGACUGGUUUGUGGGCCGCAGUAACGCACAGGGGGUGGAUCUGAACCGUAACUUCCCCGAUCUGGACCGUAUCAUCUAUAUCAACGAGCGGGAGGGUGGAGCCAACAACCACCUGCUGCAGAACAUGAAGAAAGCCGUGGAUGAAAAUACUAAGCUGGCUCCUGAGACUAAGGCUGUGAUCCACUGGAUCAUGGACAUCCCCUUUGUCCUCUCAGCAAACCUUCAUGGAGGAGAUGUUGUAGCCAACUAUCCAUACGAUGAAACCCGCACCGGAUCUACUCAUGAAUACAGCGCCAGCCCUGACGACGAGAUGUUCAAGUCCCUGGCCCGAGCUUUCUCCAUGUACAACCCUGUCAUGUCCGACCCUCACCGACCUCCCUGCCGCAAAAACGAUGACGAUUCCAGUUUCAAGGAUGGCAUCACUAAUGGGGGAGCCUGGUACAGUGUGCCGGGAGGGAUGCAAGAUUUUAACUAUCUCAGCAGCAACUGUUUUGAGAUCACUCUGGAGCUCAGCUGUGACAAGUUUCCCAACGAAGACACUCUCAAGACCUACUGGCAGCAGAACCGCGACUCCCUUGUCAACUACAUCGAGCAGGUUCACCGUGGCGUUAAGGGCUUUGUGCGUGACCUACAGGGCAACCCCAUUUCUAACGCAACCAUCUCAGUGGAGGGCAUCGACCACGACAUCACCACGGCCAAAGAUGGAGACUACUGGCGCCUUCUGGCUCCAGGAAACUACAAAGUGGCAGCUUCUGCUCCAGGAUACCUGACUGUCAUCAAGAAGGUGGCUGUUCCCUACAGCCCUGCAACAAGGGUGGAUUUUGAGCUGGAGUCCCUGAUGGAGAGAAAGGAGGAGGAGCGAGAGGAGCUGAUGGACUGGUGGAAAAUGAUGUCAGAGACACUGAACUUCUGAAGCGUUUCCUUUUUUUGUCUCGUUGAUGUCCGGCGCCUCCACACAUCCAUGUAAUUUAUUCAUUUUGUUUGUGCGUGCGUGUGUUCGUCCACACUAAACAGAAAGCUUUGAUUCUUUUUGGUUUUCUUCCUACUGCUAAUCGAAUCGGUUAUUCUGUUUUGCUUAUAACUCCCGUUGCUUGUUAGAAAUCCUGCACACGUAAAAAAAAAGGGAGGAUAUCAGCAGGGUGCCUGGUGGCAGUCAGAAUGGUGUAAUUAUUGUGUUCUUUACUGUACAUGUGACAUAUAACCAAUGAAUGACUGAGUAAUUAUGUAGAAAAGCCGCUUACAUUAUUAUAUCAUAGCUCUGUCGAUAAAAACUCACCUCUCUUCCCAUUUUUCGAUGUCUCUGUUUCUCCAGAUUUUAGUGCAAAAAUAAAAAUGACACCAUCACACACAAAGAAAGUCCAAUUCCCAUCGACUGUAAACAGUCUGACAAUUAUUCACGAUGUCUCAACUUUGUAAAAUAUACACGACAUAACAACACUGGUUCUAUGGAGAAAAUAAGGGACGUUAUAAAGCACUGUACUCAAACGUUAAGACUCAUUUCCCUGUAUGUUAUUGAUGCUAAGCUUUUUUUUUAAUGCAUCAAAGCUUUGAUCAUGGCACAACGUUGAUGGUUAUAAUAUAAACUGUAUUUAUGACUAGUAUAGCACAAAAAGCUGUGUUUUUAUUACUAAAGUUACAUUAAAUAUAUUAACAAUUAAUUACAUUUCUUCAUGUUGAUUUACUCAAAGCCAUGUCUUUGUAUGUGCACUACAGGGGCUACUGUAGUCCCCGGACAGAUAUAUUAUUGUAACAUUAAUCUGAUGCGGUUGUGACAAUUAUUUGGCUGUUUGGAUGCAGUUCUCAGAUAUUUGAAACUACAGAUGAGAUUUAUUGAAUGUAAAGCUUUAAAGAAUAAGUGUGAAACAAAGUUUGACCUGAUAAAUAAAAAUCCCCUUUAUGUUGUCAAA